UUCCACGCGCGUCCAGUCAGAUUGGAGGCAGGUUGAUCGUUGGGAACCACGGGCUGGGACAGACAAUGAUGAGGCGCUGAACCGAAGCAAACCAAAGUGUAAUUCGCUCGUAUCCUGUCCGACAUUUACACGUUCACGACUUCUUGCUCAGAAAUGACGACGACCAAGAACUACCAAGGGAUGGAGCCCGGUUCCAAAAGCAGUUCCAGGGUUUUGCGCCCUCCUGGCGGCGCCUCCAACUUCUCGCUGGGUGCAGAUGAGGAAAAGCCCCCCGUCCGGAAAGACAAGAUGGCCUCCAGCGUUUUCGCUGAGCCGGAGGACCCCUACGCCAAUAGAAGGAACAACCCACCAGGUGGGAAGCCCACAGGUGUGCUUUGCGGUGAGCCGUCAGCCCCCCUGAGGAGAGGAGGGAACCAGACCGCCGAGCACACAGCGGACGCCCCCCCCACGGAUGGAGAAAGUUUUGUACACAAUUAUGAGAACAGCGCUCCUGAGCCGGAAGCCGUUCCAGAGCAGAAGGAGGAGGUCCCCCCAGCCGACCACGCCGCUGCAGGAGCCCCCUCCGGCCGCAGGAAUCCCCCCGGGGGCAAGUCCAGCCUCAUCCUGGGAUGAAUCCCUGCCCAAGCCCCCCCACCCUCCCCUCCGUCCCGCCCUUCAUCACUCAUCUCUGAACUUGUCUUUUUUUAUGUCUUUUUUUUAUAACAAAGAACCCCGGCCCGUUCGUCUGAACCGCAGGAACCGUGUCUCGUGUGCAACGGACUCCUACACAUCCCUUAAGUGCAUUGUUUUGAUACCUCUUUUCUGGGAAAAAAAAGGUUUUGUACCGUUUGUUUGUUUGUUUUAGCCAAAGCACUUUAUGUAUUUCUAUGUAAACUGUUCAAAGUCCGCCUCUGCGCCCAGAAACACUGGAUGCAAGGAUCACACCUCUCAUAGCGACAAAUCCAUUUCCUAAUUUUACUGCGAGGGAAAAAGCUGUGAGUGAUUGUACGAGCAGUUUACAGAACACGAGCAAAUAUAGAAGAAAAUACACUGUGUUCUGUUUCGACCCAACUUGCAUGCACGUCCGGUCUGUAAACGUAUGAAUGUGACAAGAAACAUAACUGUGAAGACUUUUUUUUAAAUUGUUGUUAUUAUUUUACUUGUUUGUACGUUCUUUUUAAAUCGUGGAAUAAUUGUUGUAUUGUUGCAUGAAGCUGGAAUCUUUCUACCGAUUAUAUUAUAAUCCACUUCCCAUGAAUUACUGUCUGUGACCUGAAGGGUGCCAACUUAUAUUCAGAUGACUCACUGACAGGUGACAGCAUCGGAAUAGGCCUUUUUUUAUAUUGCAGUCACUAACUUUGGAUUAUUGCAACCCCAGUGCCGGUUUUGAGUGCCCCGUGUUUUUUAGACGUCAUAUUUACUCUCGUAAUAAAGUGUGCCUGUUAAUGUGUGAGGCUACAGCAUCAAAUAAGGUUGGGUUCCCUCAAUUGCAUCUGGCCCAGAAUGAAGGAAACAAGAGUUUAUCCAUUGCCAGUCAAUGGAUCAAUGGAAUGCUGACGGUCCUGAAGUGUUUCUGGUAAAAACCCAUCCUAAAUUUGACAAGUGACCUUAUGACCACUCAGCCUUUUUUUUUAAAUUAAUUUAUUCAUUUAUUUUCUAACCUCGUCACCCAUCUACAUGUGUUGAUCAUUCUGCUCGCUAGAAAGAAACAACAGCCUUUUUGUACAAGUCAUCGCCGUGUUAUUUUAAAACCAAAAGUCAAGCUCCUCCUGCGUCUGUCUUCUUGAGCCGCCGUGUCAGGAGGAACUACAUGUCAGGUUACUCAGGGCCCUCAAGUUUUCAAAGGAACUCGGAAUGACAUGUUGUUGAGGCUGGACGCUACGGCCGACGUGGGGAGGAGGGUCCGGAGCUAACAGGGCCCGGACCGGAGUGCGAUUUCGUGAGGAAUUGGAUGUGUGGCGGGGGGGCGUGACUCUCACGCUCAAUGCGUGACACUUGAGAGCCCUGGGUUACAGUAUGUGUAGUUCCUGUGGCGUCUGCUUUUGAAACGUGUAAUGAUGCAAGACGAGCCUGUUGUUGUUUUUUUUGCAUCCUGUGACAAUUCCCUUGUCCCUUCGCUGGAUGUUGACUUGCUGCAGAAAUUUGAAAUCAAGAAAAAUGGCACAAGUGGAAAUUAAAUAUCAAUUUUGACCGUG